AUGGAGAGUGCUGUUGACAAUCACCCAUCUACCUCCAAGCAAACUCAGAUAGCAUGCCAAGCAAAUGCUCCAAUUAGAAUCACUCAAACGAAAGUUGAUAGUUUUUCAAACAUAUUGCAAACAAAAAUUAGUGCCAGACAGAAAAAUAAAAUUGACAGGAAGUUACUUUAUCUUUGCGUGAAAGAUCUUCAGCCAUUCUCUAUAGUUGCUGAUACUGGCUUCAGGGAAUUCGUUGCAGCCCUCAAUCCAUCAUAUCAAUUGCCAGAAAGGCGCAUCAUUUCAAAAACAUUAAUUCCGGCACUUUAUGAAGAAUGCUUGACCAACACAAAAAACCUGAUCUCAACUGGAAAAACAUUUUGUGUCACAACUGAUGGUUGGACUUCCACAAAUAACACCAACACUAGCUAUGUUGCUGUAACUGCACAUUUUUUAAACAAGGAGUUUAAUUUGAUAUCGGUUCUCCUUGAGUGUUCUGCAUUUGAAAAAGGUCAUACAGCUGAGAAUCUAGCUGCAUUUCUCCUAAAAGCAGCCACUAAGUGGGAUAUACAAGACAAGAUAGUUUUUGCUGUAUCGGAUAAUGCAGCAAACAUACAAAAAGCUUUACAGCUAGUGAAAUGGAAAAAUAUGGGAUGCGUUGCACACACGCUCAACCUUAUAGUCAAGGAUGGAUUAAAAAACGAAAGGAUCACAUUGAUUUUAGAAAAAGUUCGAGAAAUAGUACGCUACUUCAAGAAAAGUACAAUUUCGAACAACAAACUCCUGAGGUAUCAAGAAAACACGGGAAUCGAAACUCCUCUUAAAGUAAUUCUUGACGUGGCUACUCGUUGGAAUUCAACUUACUAUAUGUUAGAGAGGUUUAUUCGGCUAGAAGAAGCCAUUAAGAGCACUGUUGCUAUUAUUGACAAGGAACUACCUGUGAUAAAUGUAGAGGAAUGGAACAUUAUCAAAGAACUAUGUCUUGUGCUGAAACCAUUCGAAGAUGCGUCUAGAGCUCUAUCUGGAGAUACAUAUUGCACCACUUCCCUUGUGAUACCCAUCUGUUCCGGCUUACAAAACGUAUUUGUGAAAUUGGUGAAUCAGAAGCGGUUCACAGCAACAGUCAACAAUGUGGUUGAAGUUUGGUACUCAGGCUUACAGGAACGCCUUGGUAAUAUUCAAAGGAGUGGUACCUUAUCUAAUAGCACGUUUCUUGAUCCCAAAUUCAAGGAUAUUGCGUUCUUUGACAAAACUGCUGCUGAAAACACGAAAAAAAGAUUGAUAGAACUAAUAGCAAGGAAAAUACGAGAAGACAAUUCUGAGCUUGGAAAUCACGUAACUGAAAGCUUAGUUAAUGAGAGCAAAUCGUCAUUGAAUCAAGAGGAAGAUGGAGAACUGUCGAUUUGGGGAAACUUCGAUAAAAUCGUUGCGAGUGCUCAACCAAAGGGAACAUUCACUUCUCGUGCAAUUAUCGAAAUGCAGAGAUACUUGGAAGAGGAAAUCAUCCCUCGAACAAGCAACUCCUUUCUCUGGUGGAGAGAACACAGACAAAUGCUCCCAUAUCUAUCCAAAAUUGCACAGGAACAACUGUGUAACUUAGCUACUUCAGUUCCCUGUGAAAGGCUGUUUUCGAAAGCUGGGCAAGUUAUAAGCGACAGGCGAACUAGGUUGAGCACCAAAAAUGUUGAAAUGUUAUUAUUUCUCAACUCUAACAUGAAGUACAUGGCAGACAUUUAG